GCAGCGGCGCGGGGGGUCCCUGACGACGUUUGUCUCCCUUGCAGAGCACGUACUGUGCCACCAUGGUGCAGCACUGCGAGGCGCUGGGACGCUCCGUGCAGGUGGUGAACCUGGACCCGGCGGCGGAGCUCUUCAGCUACCCGGUGAUGGCAGACAUCCGUGAGUUAAUCGAAGUGGACGACGUGAUGGAAGAUGAAUCCUUGAGGUUUGGUCCCAACGGCGGCUUGGUGUUUUGCAUGGAAUACUUUGCCAAUAACUUUAACUGGCUAGAGGAAAGCCUUGGGCACGUGGAGGAUGACUAUAUAUUGUUUGACUGCCCAGGUCAGAUCGAACUCUACACACACCUGCCAGUGAUGAAACAGCUGGUGGAGCAGCUUCAGCAGUGGGAGUUCCGAGUCUGUGGAGUUUUUCUGGUGGACUCUCAGUUUAUGGUGGAAUCUUUUAAGUUCAUCUCUGGAAUUCUGGCAGCGCUCAGCGCAAUGAUAUCUUUAGAGAUUCCACAGAUCAACAUCAUGACCAAAAUGGAUUUGCUGAGCAAGAAAGCCAAGAAGGAAAUAGAAAAGUACUUAGAUCCAGAUAUGUAUUCUAUGAUUGAAGAUUCUACAAAUAUAUUGAAAAGCAAAAUGUUUAAAAAGUUGACUAAAUCUAUAUGUGGAUUGAUUGAUGACUAUGGUAUGGUUCGAUUUCUACCUUUUGAUCGCUCUGAUGAGGAAAGUAUAAACAUAGUUCUGCAGCACAUAGACUUUACCAUUCAAUAUGGAGAAGAUCUUGAAUUUAAAGAACCAAAGGAAUGCGAAGAAGAUAAAUCUGCUCUUGUAGAUGAAUACUUUCAAGAUCAUGUGGAUGAGUGAAAAAUGGACAUUCAAAAAUGGGAGGAAAAUACCUCUCUUGUGUUAAAAAAAUUUUUAAAAAAUUCACCCCUACCCAAACAUAUCUGAUGUUUUAUCUGUAAGAUAACUAAUAUUUAUAGUGAAGAGUGAGCUAUAUGACUUUGUAACUAUUUUAAUAAACAAUUUUUAUUCUUAUGUGUUUGUGUUAUAAAAUACAUAGGCUAGCAUUAGUACAUAUAAAAGUUUGCUGUAUAUAGAUGUAUCUCAUUUAAGCACAGGAAUGCUUGGAAAAAAAUAUUUAAUGAUUUGCAAAAGAGGCAAAGCCAAAUACAAGUAUGUUGUAAUAAAUAUUUAUGUGCAGUA